AAGUGUCCGAGGAAAGGAGUGGGAGCUUAUUUAGCUGAGACAGACAGUUACAAAACUUAAUACAAGAGCAUCAAGCUUCAAAUAAGUUUUCAUGAAGUACAUUUCUUGUCAUCAAAGCAUUUAAAUUUGUUUUAAAGAAUUUUGACUCACCAACAAUUACCUGUUGGCUUGAGCUUACAGCACUUACAGAACAAUUCAAAAGAAGAGUAUUGCUUUUCCUGAAAAAAUUGGUGUCAUCUACUUGGAUGUAAGAAACCAGUGGAUUUUGAUUUCCUUGCAUGCUGCAAAUUAGCUCUGAAGGAAUGGAAAACUUCAACAGAAAACCCUCAGAAGUGUUCUGAGACUCCAGUAAGGGAACUAGAAAAAACAACUUGACUUGCAGAAUUUCUCCAGACCCAUGACUGAAUCUGCUAAUGCAACACUAAUUUAAGACACCUUUGUAUAUAAGAUACGAGGAUGUUUGUGUUGCUUUACAUUACAAGUUUUGCCAUCUAUACAAGCGAACAACCUCUUCAAAGCCAGUUCAAAGGAGAAAAUUACUACACGAGAUAUAUUUGUAGCAUACCUGGUUUGCCAGGUCCUGUAGGUCCUCCUGGAGCUAAUGGAUCCCCAGGGCCACAUGGACGUAUUGGUCUUCCAGGAAGAGAUGGUAGAGAUGGCAGGAAGGGAGAAAAAGGUGAAAAAGGGAGUGCAGGUUUAAGAGGGAAGACUGGGCCUUUAGGACCAGCUGGAGAGAAAGGAGACCAAGGUCAGUCUGGUAAAAAAGGACCUGGAGGAUUGACUGGUGCCAAAGGUGAAGUAGGUCCAGCUGGACCACCUGGACCUAAGGGAGAUAAAGGAGACCGAGGAGAGCCAGGUGCACCAGGGUUCUGUAAGUGUGGAAAGAUAGUGCUGAAAUCUGCCUUUUCGGUUGGCAUCACCACCAGCUACCCAGAGGAAAGAUUACCAAUUGUAUUCAAUAAAGUCCUCUUCAAUGAGGGUGAACAUUACAAUCCUUCCACGGGAAAGUUUAUAUGUGCCAUCCCAGGGAUUUAUUAUUUUUCUUAUGAUAUCACCUUAGCAAAUAAGCAUCUUGCAAUUGGGCUCGUUCAUAAUGGAAAGUACCGGAUAAAGACAUUUGAUGCGAACACAGGAAACCAUGAUGUAGCAUCUGGAUCCACAGUGAUCUACCUUCAGCCAGAAGAUGAAGUGUGGCUUGAGAUCUUCUACACUGACCAGAAUGGUCUCUUUUCAGAUCCAACAUGGGCAGACAGUUUGUUUUCUGGAUUCCUCUUAUAUGUUGAUACAGAUUAUCUUGAUGCUUUAUCAGACGAAGACGAGCUCUGAAGUGGAUGAUGUCAAAUCACAUCCAAACUGGACAGUCCGAAGGAGGAUUUUAUCUGGCCAGCCAUAGGAGACAAACAGAAAUAAUAUGGGAUUUGAUUUUUGCUUUGACAUGAACCAAAUUCAGAAGUUCAGAAGAAUGCUUCUAGAAUCUAAAUUGGAUUCUUUACCAAACAGCAGGGAUAACAAAAGGAACAAAGGGGAACAAAAGGAAUAAUUAAUAAAAGACUGCAUCACUCCAAGACUGACUCUUCUUGAAAGUUACAUUUAUAAUACUAUUUAAGCAAAUUUAAGAUAAUGUACAUUUUUUAUAUGUAAAAUAUAUCAAGUUGAAAUUUA